AUGGCUGCCACCGCCACCAUCGCCGCCCACCUCCCGCUGCGGGGCCCCGCGCGGCCUCCGUCCCGGCCAUCCGUCGCCGCUGUAACCCGGUUCCGCGGCCGCCAGGAGCGGCGCGGCCUGGCGGCGACAGGCGGGAGGGGAUUUGCCCGGGUUCGGGCGGAGGCUUUCUCAGGUGGUGGAGGCGUGGGGCGGAGGGACCCCAUGGUGCCGCCUUACAAUGUCCUCAUCACCGGCUCCACCAAAGGUAUAGGAUACGCGUUGGCAAGGAAAUUUCUGGAGGCUGGUGAUAAUGUUAUAAUCUGCUCGAGAUCAGCUCACAAGGUAGAAUCUGUGGUCAGUGACUUGAAGGAGGAGUAUGGAGAGCAACAUGUGUGGGGAACUGUCUGUGAUGUUAGAGACGGAAAGGAUGUAAAGGCACUUGUGGAGUUUGCACGUGACAAACUUGAGCAUAUUGAUUUAUGGAUCAACAAUGCUGGAUCAAAUGCAUAUACAUACAAACCACUUGUGGAGACCUCGGACGAGGCUCUCAUGGAAAUCAUCACCACUAACACCCUUGGACUGAUGAUAUGUUGUCGUGAGGCAAUAAAUAUGAUGAGGAACCAACCUCGAGGUGGUCACAUAUUCAACCUUGAUGGUGCUGGUUCUGAUGGAAGGCCAACUCCAAGAUUUGCUGCAUAUGGUGCAACAAAGCGAAGUGUUGUGCAUCUUACGAAGUCACUUCAGGCUGAAUUGCAGAUGAAUGAAGUGAAUAAUGUGAUGGUGCACAACCUAUCGCCUGGCAUGGUCACAACAGAUCUUCUUAUGUCUGGUGCAACUACAAAACAAGCAAAAUUUUUCAUCAAUAUAUUAGCUGAACCUCCUGAUGUGGUUGCAGACUACCUCGUUCCGAACAUCAGAGCAAUCCCUACCAAUCAAUCCAUGAAGCCAACCUACAUUCGCUUCCUCACAGGCUUGAAAGCCUACUCAAGAAUUUUUUCUAAGUACAGGGAGAAGUGUGUUUUAGGACCUGAAGCUCCUGAUGAUAUACCACACGCCACAUCAUCUAGCAUAGUAGCACCUAAUAUGGCUUCUGAGAUACUGAUGGACACUGAGGCAGUUAUGCCAGAAAUAGAGGUGGUGAACAGUUUUAUUAUGGAUGACACAGAGAUGGCGGAUAACAACUUUUCUGUGGACCAGAUGAUUGAGCACCACUCGGAGUGUUCGCAGACUGCGAUUGAUGAAUACAUGGAUGGCUUGGCCGACUAUGCAUUUGGCCAUUUGGACUACCCAAAUUUCAACCUGUGA